AUGACGACGGUAGAAGAGGCUUUUCAUUCAAAUGCAGCAGCCGUAGUACGUGAUUACUACGUAGAACCACGAAUUGAUUACCGUACGAUCUCAGGUGUGAAUGGACCGUUAGUCAUUCUAGAGAAUGUAAAGUUGCCGAAAUUUGCUGAAAUUGUCAAUCUCACGUUGGCCAGUGGUGAGAAACGUCAGGGCAAAGUACUUGAAGUUCAGGGAAGUAAAGCUGUAGUACAAGUGUUUGAAGGAACGGACGGUAUUGAUAAUCGUCAUACACACUGUGAAUUUACGGGUGAUGUGCUGAAAAUGGCCAUCUCGGAAGAAAUGUUGGGUCGUGCUUUUAAUGGGUCGGGUAAAGCUAUUGACGGCGCCCCUGCCGUUGUUGCUGAGGAAUAUCUGGAUAUUGAAGGACAACCUAUUAACCCAUCCUGUCGCGAUUACCCUAAGGAGAUGAUACAGACGGGCAUUUCUGCAAUUGACGUGAUGAACUCAAUCGCCCGUGGACAAAAGAUUCCACUUUUUUCUGCCGCUGGUUUGCCACACAAUGAGAUUGCCGCGCAAAUUGUUCGUCAGGCCGGUCUGGUGCAGCGCAAGGACGUUAUGGACUCACACGAGGACAACUUUGCCAUCGUUUUCGGCGCUAUGGGUGUCAACAUGGAGACAGCUCGUUUUUUCCGUAAUGAUUUCGAAGAGAGUGGAUCCAUGCAGAAGACGGCGCUGUUUAUGAACCUAGCCAACGACCCCACUAUAGAACGUAUUGUGACACCGCGUCUUGCGUUGACCACUGCUGAAUAUCUCGCCUACGAGCGCGACCUUCAUGUGUUGGUCAUUCUGACGGACAUGAGCUCAUACGCCGACGCUCUUCGUGAGGUGUCUGCAGCCCGUGAAGAAGUGCCCGGACGCCGUGGUUAUCCCGGCUACAUGUACACAGAUCUAUCGACACUAUACGAGCGAGCUGGUCGUGUGACGGGCCGUAAUGGAUCUAUCACGCAGCUGCCCAUUUUGACCAUGCCAAAUGAUGAUAUCACGCACCCUAUUCCGGAUCUGACGGGAUAUAUUACGGAAGGACAGAUUUAUGUGGAUCGUCAGCUGCACAACCGCCAGAUUUUUCCACCCAUUAAUGUGCUGCCGUCGCUGUCGCGUUUGAUGAAAAGUGCUAUUGGUGAGGGUAUGACUCGUGAUGACCACAGCGCUGUGUCGAAUCAGCUGUAUGCCAGUUAUGCUACUGGCAAGGAUGUCCAAGCCAUGAAGGCUGUUGUUGGUGAGGAAGCGCUGUCGCUGGAAGACCACCUGUAUCUGAAGUUUACGGACAAGUUUGAGGGAAAGUUUAUCGCGCAGGGUCCAUAUCAGUCACGCGAUAUUUUCGAGUCGUUGGACCUCGCAUGGUCGCUCUUCCGCGCGUUCCCGAAAGAGCUACUGAAAAAGAUCCCAAAGAAGCAUUUGGACACGUAUUAUGCGCGCCGGACGCAAGCGCGUGAAGAGAAGGAAGAGUGA